AUGGACCAUACCUGGAUCAAGCUUGACGCCGUUCAAGCUAUCAUGGACAAGCACAAACUGUACCAGGAGCACCUAGAACUGAUGCAAAAGAACCACCCAGCAUCUCACCGCCUCCAAGAGAUGUACCACGCCAGUGAAGUGCUCCUGAGUGAAAUUCUGCUCUUGUACAGCGUAGUUGAAACGAGACUCUACGUUGGAAAGCACCUCAACGGCCCCAAUCCUCUCGAGAACGAUGAGCGUUUCGUCCAAGAGCAAACUCAAAAGGAUGGCAAGCUAUUGUACCCACGCCUGCUUCGGUUCCGGACCGAACCUGAAUUCAAGAAUCUCAACGAGGCUCUGGAGGAUCCUCUUGCAGCUGAAGAGAACAAAGGCGCAAUCCAUCGCCUCCAGCAGCAGAUCGCUCAACUCAACAUUCAAAAACGCCAACAGGAAGCUGACAAGAUCAAAUCCAUUGCUCAGCUGGAAGGCGAGAAAGCCUCAUUGUUGGCACAGCUCGGACAACUCCAGACAAUCCACAACUCUCUUGACCUCCAAUACCAAAGCAUGCACCACAACGCCCAGGCCAAAGACUUCAUGAUCUCUGACAAAGUCCAAACCAUUACUAAGCUGGAAGGAGAGAAGUCUUCACUGUCGACUCAACUGAACAGUCUUCAGCAACAACAAGAAAGCAUGCACCGCAACAUCCAAACUAACAACAUGGCCAUCUCUGAGAAGACCCAAACGAUUAAUAGGCUGGAGGGAGAGAAAGGUUCGCUGUUGAUACAGCUCCAGACAGCACAGAAGGAAAAGGGCGAGGCAGAGCAAAAGAUGCGUCAUGCACAGGAGAACCACACCAGCCUCCAUAGAGUCCUCGUUAUGGCAGACGGCCGUAAGGACGAGCUUGUGAGCAAGGUCACAGUGUUAGAGCAGGAGAAGCUGGGUUUACAGGCGGAGAACAAGACUCUCAACGAACAAAUCUAUGAUUUGCAAACACAACUUCAGCGACCGCGAUCUUUCAACGCCUUUGUAGCUCCCAGACAAGGUUCUGCUAUUGGUUCGCGGAAUCCCAGCGGCGGCCUUAACCGAUCCCCGGAAAGUGCUGUCUCUCGCGAACGAGCUAUUGAUAAUCUACUCUAUACAAGUUCGACCAACCCGAUCCCCCCUUCGAGACAACCCGCAUCAUUUGGGGGCAAUAGCAACAGCAACCCCUCGGAAUCCUCUGCAUCUCGCUCUCGUCAACAAGUUAAUGAGCGCUUCACUGCCCCAGUGAGGCGCGUCCUCAAUUGGAUGUCCCGGAUGAGUGAUGAUCAGAUUCAAGAAGCAGGCUUGGAGUCUACUAUUGAGGAGUUCCAGAGAGGGCCCCCGUCACCAAACCAUCAUUGGCGCCGUGGCUGCUGGGUUAAAAACCGCAAGAGUACUCGUAGCUUUGACAGUAAUGAGGGCGCCUCCAGGGACUAUGACAGAGGCGUGUAA